UCCCACACAAACUCCUUCACAAUCUACAACCCCCACACAAACACCUUCACAAUCUACAACUCCCACACAAACCCCAAAUCCCACACAAACUCCUUCACAAUCCACAAAUCCCACACAAACACCUUCACAAUCUACAACUCCCACACAAACCCCAAAUCCCACACAAACUCCUUCACAAUCCACAAAUCCCACACAAACUCCUUCACAAUCCUCUACUCCCACACAAACACCUUCUCAAACCUCAUCAACAACACCUUCUCCUACACCCUCACAAUCUUCUACUACCUCACAAACCUCGUCCUCCUUUGA